UUUGAGAAUAUUCCAGUGUCUUGUAUUGGCAUUGGCAAGGCAUUACUCUUGUUCAGUUUACGUUUGUUUUUCUUCGUCCUGCGUCCAUUUGAAGUUUUGCAGUAAUUGUUCUCAACCUUCACGAUGGAUGCGGAAAAGUCCAGCAGCAGUUCGUUCGAGGAUUUGUCGAACCUGAAUGAACAAGAGCGCGCCGAACUGGCCGAGUCUUCGCCAGGGGCCGGUUCAUCAGGGCAUGCCACGACAUCCGAGCAAACCGAAAGCCCUGGAGCCACUCCGGCAGACCAUAAGCAGGAGCCCCCAGAGCACAUGGACAUUCUAGGCAAUGGUACACUGAUGAAAAAGGUACUGCGCCAAGGACGAUCCGAGCUGCGGCCCGAAAGUAAGAAUAUUGCCACCAUCAACUAUACCGGGCGUCUGGACGAUGGAACAGUCGUUGAGGAGGAACAGGACGCCGUAGUGCAAAUAGACGAUGUUGAGGUGGUACAAGGCUUGGACAUGGCGCUGAAACUAAUGAACGAAGGUGAGCUGGCGGAGGUGGUUGUGAAUGCGCGGUUCGCUUAUGGCGAAGUCGGACUAAAGCAUGAAACCGAUCCCAAGCGGACCAUUCCACCAAACGCAACCAUCACGUACACGGUCGAGUUAGUUUCCAUGAAGGAAGAGAGCGAGCUGGAGUCGCGCACGUAUGCGUCGAGAAAAGAGAUUGGUAACAAAAAACGAUUACGAGGAAACUUCUGGAUGAAACGGCAGGAGUACAACCUAGCCAUUCAGAGCUAUCGUCGAGCGCUUGAGUAUCUAGACGAUACGGUUAGUGCAGGAGGCAUGAUGGAGACGGACGCAGCAGGGCCGAUAGAGCUCUCUACCACAGAGCUACAGGAUUUGCUUGAAGAUCGGAUGAAGGUUUACAACAACCUGGCACUGGCGCAGCUGAAAAUAUCGGCCUUCGAAGCGGCUCUAAAAUCGGUUGAUAAUGUGCUAAAGUGUCAGCCCAACAAUGCCAAAGCUUUAUUCCGCAAGGGAAAGAUUUACGAUGCGAAGGGCGAUACGAAGGGAGCGAUCGCUUUACUACAAAAAGCUGCCACAAUUGAUGUUGACGAUAAGCUAAUACAAUCGGAACUGUCGAAACUGGUUCUAAAAUCGAAACGAGAAGCACGCAACGAAAAAGACCUCUACCAGAAGAUGCUCGGCCAGGCGCAGAAGCUGGAGCAAAAGACGAAAGUUGUGCCGACGAAACAAAGCACUGAUUCGUCCAAGCUUAAAUUGUGGGGCUAUCUCGUCGGCACCAUAUUGAUUGGUGUAGCCGGUGUGGCCAUUUACCGGUACAACAACCCGUAGUGGAAACGGUGCAAGAUACAACGCGAAUAAGAUGCUUUUACGAACGUUCUCCCAGCUAGGUUAAGGAACGAACGAUAAAGGAGCCUAAACUUCCCUUAGCGACAGAAUACUUGAUUGCUAGUUGCUGAAGUAGUGUAUGAUUCAUUUCUCCAUGGAUGCGAAAAUAAUAGCUGGCUUUAAGUUAAUUUUUUGUUUUUUUUUUUUAUUUAGUCUUCAGCGACACAACCAAUUGAUAUAGAACACGUUGGUGAUAGGGAGUGCGGGACUCGGUGACUUUUUGUGUUUUUCGUUUGUGUUACCUUAUUAUAAAGAUUUGUUUCCGUACCGGUUAAAAAGGGAGCUCUUAUGGUCGGCAGAUUGUUGUUUGAUAAUGUGUAAAAAAAUGAUGGAUUGAAGAAAAGACAUAAGCAUAUUUUUAAAAAGGUUUAUGAUGAAACAAAAACUACUUUAACUGUGUCUCGUUGUUCAUGACGUAAAAGACACAGGGUGCAAUCAUCUUUUCAUGUUUUUUUUCUUACUGCAAAAGCAGCAUAACUCCGAGUUUUUGUUCUCCUCGUUUCAAUUCGAAAUCGAUCUUCCUUCCGUUGGAUGGACGCAUUUACAUAGUAGCGAAGUCAGGACACAAUCAUUCCAAUGUACUUCAACCAGAAGCAACUCGCAAAACAAUCACGGAGACCAGAGGAGUGUUAAUUUAUCCUUUGUAUAGCUUGACAAGACGAGAUAAUUUUGAACGGUGCUUUUUAUUUAGACAUUUUUCUUCUACUCUAAUGCUGCUAUCCAAGGUGAGCAAUACCGUAUCCGAUAAACGUCUUUUUUCGACCAAUAAAUGUUAUCCUAUGUA